GUUACUCCACCAGAUGGCCGACUCAUCUCCUCUCCUCUCCCGAGUCAACUCGUCCGAGCCAGAAGCUCAUCCAGCGCUGCACAAAGGUGCACCUACCCUCGAUGAGGUGAUCGAGCAGUGCAUCGGCAGCUUCGGCCCAGCCCAGUUUAUCCAAGCCAUCCUCGUGUCGUUGGCAUGGGUCUUCGACGCCCAACAGACGUUCAUCAACAUCUUCACAGAUGCGCAACCAUCGUGGCAUUGCACACGUGCAAAUGACACCAUUUGCUUGUCUGCUGCGACCCCAUGUGGGCUACCGAAGCAUGCAUGGGCAUGGGACCAGCCCGCGAGUGCAUCCAUCAUCUCUGAGUGGGACCUGAUGUGCUCGAGCACACUCAUCUCCGGGCUCCCAGCAUCGUCCUUCUUUGCAGGCUGCCUUGUCGGUGGCUUCCUCCUUGCGACCGCUGACUCAUCACUCGGCCGCAAGAAAAUGCUCCUUCUCUCGUGCAUCAUCAUGUCACUGACUGGUGCACUGACUAUGGCCUCACCCAACUUGUGGGUCUACUCGGCCUUGCGGUUCAUCAGUGGCUGUGGGCGUGCAACAAUUGGCACGUGCGCACUCGUGCUGUCAACCGAGAUUGUUGGGAAGCGGUGGCGGGGUGAGGUCGGCAUCAUCAGCUUCUUCUGUUUCACGCUCGGAUUCUUAUCAUUACCCGCCAUGGCCUACUUAGCUAAUGGAUCCUCAUGGUGGACCCUCUAUCUGUGGACGUCAGCCCCCGCGAUUGUUUAUUGCAUAGCCGUCCAUUUUCUCGUGCAUGAGUCCCCACGUUGGCUCUUCGUGCGUGGACGCAAGGAUGAAGCUAUCCAGACGCUUCGAAGCAUCUCGUUAUCCAAUGGCAAGAUAUUUCUUUCCAGCUUCUCGGAAGUGGCUGUCGAAGAGGACUCGUGGAAUGCAGACAUAUACUCGGCGAUGAAGAUCUUGUGGGAGAAGAAGUGGGCAUUUCGGCGGUUAUCGAUGGUUAUGGUGGUUGGUUUUGGAGUAGGCAUGGUCUACUACGGGAUGCCGCUUGGCCUUGGAAAUUUGGAUUUCAACCUCUAUCUGAGUGCUACGUUCAACGCGCUAUCGGAACUUCCGUCGGCCUUAUCGACGUUCUUCCUGAUAGGGAGGCUGAAUCGUCGUAGCGCGAUUCUGGUGUUUACUAUCAUAAGCGGACUGUGUAGUGUUCUCUGCGUGGUGAUGGAUGGUGGACAUAGGAAGGAGGUGCAGGUGGGGCUGGAGGUGGUGUCGUUCUUUAGCGCCUGCACCGCUUGCAACAUAGUUUUGAUAUACACCCUUGAAUUAUUUCCAACAUGCGUGAGGAACUCAGCGUUGUCGUUGGUGCGGCAGACACUUGUGCUCGGUGGCAUGAUCAGCCCCAUGCUGGUGGUGGCUGGUAGGAAGCAAGGGUUCUUGUCAUUUGGGGUGUUUGGGGUGGUGAUUGGAGGGUGUGGAUUGUUUGUGAUGGGGUUGCCAGAGACAAGAGGUGGGCCAUCUUGUGAUACAAUGGAGGAAGAAGAGAAGAAGGAGAUUCUUGCUUUCAGUGGAGAUAAUGCGUAAAAAAAAUGGAAACUCGUCUUAGUGAGCUCUGCUAAGCGCACGUGCGUGUGUGAUAAAUCUCAUUUACAAGCUUUACAUGUGCUUACAUGGUAUGAUAGGUCCGAUAUCCAAUCCAUCCAAAAAAAGAAAAGGAAGCAAUACAUUGAUUCGUUUGUUCAAGAAUCAGAUUGAUCCACUGG